AGGGCUUCCCCGCCUCGCCCGCCGCCGGGGUGUGCAGGCGCUGCUGGCGGCGGCGGCGGCGUCUCCAGCUCUGUGUCCGGCUGCCGCUGCCGCUGCUCGGGAGCCGAGGAGAUGCGGCCCCGCGCCGCGCCGCGCUGAGGCCGUGCGUGCGCCCGCCCGCGGGGCUGCGUGCUCCCCGCGCACCAGCUCUUAGUGUGAGCUGACAGGCCACUGGAAGCCUCUCCGAGUCACGCCGCCCGGCGGCGCGGGGACCGCUCGCCUGCAGUGCCACCGGCAGCACCUCCGCGCCCGGCGCGCUCCCCUCCGCUUCUGCAUCCCCCGCUCCUCAGAUCUGUCUCCACGUCCUGUGGUGAUUUUUUUUUUCCCCCUCCCGAGUGAGAGAGGGCGGGGUAGGUCCCCUCCUCUGCUCCCCCUCCCUUUCCUUCUUGGUUUGAAUUUCUUCCCCCUGGCAUUUCACUGGCUCCCGGAGCGAGAAGCAGGAGCCGCACGGAGGGAAGAGGAAGGCUGCGCCCUCCCCCGCGGCUCCCAGCCGGGCUGAACUGGAGCCUGCAGGGGUGCGGGGAGAAGAGGACGCAGUGGGAGGGGCCCGGCUCUCCCCAGCGCUGAGGACAGCCCACCUGCCCGCGAGAAGCCCACGGAGAGACGCGCGGCGUCUCCGCAGCGAGCUUUCCGAGUCCGGCGAGCAGGCAAGCCGAGGAUGGCGGUGGCUCCUCGAGCCGGCUGCGGGGCAGCCCUGUCGCUCUGGAUUGUCAGCAGCCUCCUCUGCAGAGCCUGGACGGCCCCGGCCACGUCCCAAAAAUGUGAUGAACCACUUGUGUCUGGACUCCCCCAUGUAGCUUUCAGCAGCUCGUCCUCCAUGUCUGGGAGCUAUUCUCCAGGCUAUGCCAAGAUCAACAAGCGAGGGGGUGCCGGGGGAUGGUCUCCAUCCGACAGUGACCAUUAUCAAUGGCUUCAGGUUGACUUUGGCAAUCGGAAGCAGAUCAGUGCCAUUGCAACCCAAGGAAGAUACAGCAGCUCAGACUGGGUGACCCAAUACCGCAUGCUGUUCAGUGACACUGGGAGAAAUUGGAAACCCUAUCAUCAGGAUGGGAACAUCUGGGCAUUUCCUGGAAAUAUCAACUCUGAUAGUGUGGUUCGGCAUGAUUUGCAGCAUCCAGUUAUUGCCCGCUAUGUGCGCAUAGUGCCUCUGGACUGGAACGGAGAAGGCCGCAUUGGGCUCAGAAUUGAAGUCUAUGGCUGUUCUUACUGGGCUGAUGUUAUCAACUUUGAUGGCCACGUUGUGUUACCAUAUAGAUUCAGAAACAAGAAGAUGAAAACACUGAAAGAUGUCAUUGCCUUGAAAUUUAAAACCUCUGAAAGUGAAGGAGUGAUCUUGCAUGGGGAAGGACAGCAAGGGGAUUACAUUACCCUGGAACUGAAAAAAGCCAAGUUGGUCUUCAGCUUAAACCUAGGAAGCAACCAGCUUGGCCCCAUCUAUGGCCACACAUCCAUGAUGACUGGAAGUCUGCUGGAUGACCACCACUGGCACUCUGUGGUCAUUGAGCGCCAGGGCCGGAGCAUUAACCUCACCCUGGACAGGGGCGUGCAGCACUUCCGCACCAAUGGAGAGUUCGACUACCUGGACCUGGACUAUGAGAUAACCUUCGGAGGCAUACCUUUCUCUGGGAAGCCAAGUUCCAGCAGUAGAAAGAACUUCAAAGGCUGCAUGGAAAGCAUUAAUUAUAAUGGUAUCAACAUAACUGAUCUUGCGAGAAGGAAGAAACUAGAGCCCUCAAAUGUGGGAAAUUUGAGUUUCUCGUGUGUGGAGCCCUACACAGUGCCUGUCUUUUUCAAUGCUACCAGUUACCUGGAGGUGCCAGGACGGCCUAACCAGGACCUGUUUUCAGUCAGUUUCCAGUUCAGGACUUGGAACCCAAACGGUCUCCUGCUUUUCAGUCAGUUUGCAGAUAAUUUGGGCAAUGUGGAGAUUGACCUCACUGAAAGCAAAGUUGGUGUUCACAUCAACGUCACGCAGACCAAGAUGAGCCAAAUAGAUAUCUCCUCAGGUUCUGGGUUGAAUGAUGGACAGUGGCAUGAGGUUCGUUUCCUGGCUAAGGAAAAUUUUGCCAUUCUCACCAUCGAUGGAGACGAGGCUUCAGCUGUUCGAACUAAUAGUCCUCUUCAAGUUAAAACUGGCGAGAAGUACUUUUUUGGAGGUUUUCUGAACCAGAUGAAUAACUCCAGUCACUCUGUCCUUCAGCCUUCAUUCCAAGGAUGCAUGCAGCUCAUUCAAGUGGAUGACCAACUGGUAAAUUUAUAUGAAGUGGCACAGAGGAGGCCAGGGAGUUUUGCCAAUGUCAGCAUCGACAUGUGCGCCAUUAUAGACAGAUGUGUGCCCAAUCACUGUGAGCAUGGCGGGAAGUGCUCGCAAACAUGGCACAGCUUCCAGUGCGCUUGUGAGGAGACGGGAUACAGUGGGGCCACCUGCCAUAACUCGAUCUAUGAGCCUUCCUGUGAAGCAUACAAACACCUGGGCCAGACGUCAAAUUACUACUGGAUAGAUCCUGAUGGCAGUGGACCUCUGGGGCCUCUGAAAGUCUACUGCAACAUGACAGAGGACAAGGUGUGGACUAUAGUGUCUCACGAUUUGCAGAUGCAGACCACAGUGGUGGGCUACAGCCCAGAAAAGUACUCUGUGACGCAGCUCGUGUAUAGUGCCUCCAUGGACCAGAUCAGCGCCGUCACCAGCAGCGCCGAGCACUGUGAGCAGUACGUCUCCUAUUUCUGCAAGAUGUCGAGGUUGUUGAACACCCCAGAUGGAAGCCCUUACACCUGGUGGGUUGGCAAAGCCAACGAGAAGCACUACUACUGGGGCGGCUCGGGGCCCGGAAUUCAGAAGUGCGCCUGCGGCAUCGAGCGGAACUGCACGGACCCCAAGUACUACUGUAACUGUGACGCGGAUUACAAGCAGUGGAGGAAGGACGCUGGCUUCUUAUCCUACAAAGACCACCUGCCAGUAAGCCAGGUGGUAGUUGGAGAUACUGACCGGCAAGGCUCAGAAGCCAAACUGAGCGUGGGCCCCCUGCGCUGCCAAGGAGACAGAAAUUAUUGGAAUGCUGCCUCUUUCCCAAACCCAUCAUCCUACCUGCACUUCUCUACUUUUCAAGGGGAAACUAGUGCCGACAUUUCUUUCUACUUCAAAACAUUAAUCCCCCGGGGAGUGUUUCUGGAAAAUCUGGGCAACACAGAUUUCAUCAAACUUGAGCUGAAAUCUGCCACCGAAGUGUCCUUUUCGUUUGAUGUCGGAAAUGGGCCGGUGGAGAUUGUGGUGAGGUCGCCCUCCCCUCUCAAUGAUGACCAAUGGCACCGGGUCACCGCGGAGAGGAAUGUCAAGCAAGCCAGCUUACAGGUGGAUCGGCUGCCCCAGCAGAUCCGCAAGGCACCCACAGAGGGUCACACGCGCCUGGAGCUCUACAGCCAGUUGUUUGUUGGUGGCGCCGGGGGCCAGCAAGGCUUCCUCGGCUGCAUCCGCUCCCUGAGGAUGAACGGGGUGACGCUGGACCUGGAGGAAAGAGCGAAGGUCACGUCCGGGUUCAAAUCCGGGUGCUCGGGCCACUGCACCAGCUACGGGGCCAACUGUGAGAACGGAGGCAGGUGUCUAGAGAAAUACCACGGCUACUCCUGUGACUGCUCCCACACGGCCUACGAUGGCACAUUUUGCAACAAAGAUGUUGGCGCAUUUUUUGAAGAGGGAAUGUGGCUACGGUACAACUUCCAGGCACCGGGGGUCGGUGGCAAAGAAUCGGGCAGCCGGUCAGACAGCUCCCCUGAUCAGCAGAGUGCCCCUCCCGAUCUGGCCCAUGAAGGGAUCCACUUCAGCUUCAGUACCUCCAAGGCGCCCUGCAUUCUCCUCUACGUCAGCUCCUUCACAACAGACUUCUUGGCAGUUCUCAUCAAACCUGCCGGAAGCUUACAGAUUCGGUACAACCUGGGCGGCACCAGGGAGCCCUAUAACAUUGAUGUAGAUCAUAGAAACAUGGCCAACGGACAGCCCCACAGUGUUAACAUCACCCGGCACGAGAGGACCGUAAUUCUCAAGCUUGACCACUAUCCUUCUGUGAGUUACCAUCUGCCGAGCUCGUCUGACACGCUGUUCAAUUCUCCCAAGUCGCUCUUUCUAGGAAAAGUUAUAGAAACCGGGAAGAUUGACCAAGAGAUUCACAAAUACAACACCCCGGGAUUCACUGGGUGCCUCUCUAGAGUCCAGUUCAACCAGAUUGCACCUCUCAAGGCGGCCUUGAGGCAGACGAACGCCUCAGCUCACGUGCACGUCCAGGGCGAGCUGGUGGAGUCCAACUGCGGGGCGUCCCCGCUGACCCUCUCCCCCAUGUCGUCCGCCACCGACCCCUGGCACCUAGAUCACUUGGAUUCAGCCAGUGCUGAUUUUCCAUAUAAUCCAGGACAAGGCCAAGCUAUAAGAAAUGGAGUCAACAGAAACUCGGCUAUCAUUGGAGGCGUCAUCGCUGUGGUGAUUUUCACCAUUCUCUGCACCUUGGUCUUCCUCAUCCGCUACAUGUUCCGCCACAAGGGCACCUACCACACCAACGAAGCAAAGGGAGCGGAGUCAGCAGAGAGCGCCGAUGCAGCCAUCAUGAACAACGACCCCAACUUCACAGAGACCAUUGAUGAGAGCAAAAAGGAAUGGCUCAUCUGAGGGGUGGCUAUUUGGCUAUGGGAGAGGGAGGGGCGAGUUAUUAGGGAGGAGGGAAAGGGACAAAAGCACCCUACUUCAUCCUCUUGAGCACAUCCUGAAAAUAUCAGCACAAGUUGGGGGAGGCAAGCAACAGAAAAUUCUGGAGAUGGAUCGCCACAAAAAAAAAAAAAUACUUUUUAAUAUUUCUUUAUAGCUGAGUUUCCUCUUCUAUAUCAACUCAAAAUAAUACAAAAAAUGCUUUUAGAGUUUAAGAAAUGGUUGAAAUUUGUAGGUGAUACUGUCUUAUUUUGUGCGUGUUUAGAGGUGUUCUGAAAACCCAUGGUAACAGGGCAAGUUUUCUACAUUUUUAGGAGCCCUUAGAAUGUGGAUAUUUUUUCUUGAGAAAAGCUGAUGCACAUGGCCUCCAGCAUUCUCUUCAUUUUGCAUAUAGUCAGUUUUUAAUGGGCUAUCAUAGUAACUAGUUCGUAUUCAUACAGUAUUUCUUUUGGUGUCCUGUAAAUUGGAAAAGGAAAGGAAGGGGCAAAGAGAACCUAUUAUUUGCCAGUUUUCGAAGAGCCCUCAAUCUAUGCCAAUUCUCUGAGAGUUCCCACCUGAAACAGUUGAAGGAAGAGAGCAUAUGGGCCCCUGCUGUUUAACAACAGAACCAACACAACAGAGAGAAGCAUUAAGAACCAGGGGAAGUAGUUUCAUAUUGGGAUUGUUGGUUUUAUCUUUCAUCAAAUUCUACAAGCUAAUACUGUUCCUUGUGUGUAGUCCUAGACCUAUUCACUAACUGUGACUGUCAGCUAUAAUCCAGUGGUGAUCAGCUGUUACAAAAGAUUUCUGCUCUGCUUUACCUGCAACAUGUUAGGUUACAUUGUAUGUGUCGGGGGGGGAGGGGUGGGAACCUCAGCGGGGAAUUAGAGCCAGAUGUUACGAUUUGUUUGCUCUGUUUCUUUUAUAGUUGCAGCAAGAGUAUGGACCCUUUCUAGUGAAUGCAUAAAUUAGGUUGCUCUUCUUAGUUUGCUUUAAAUCUCUAGUUUUGAAGCCCCUGUGACAAAAUCCUAGCAGACCAGGUCCUCUGAAUGGACAUACCACAAUAAAGCCAAUGCUUGCUAUCA